AUGUUCCCUUACUGUGGCUACGACUCUUCUAGCCUAAGUGACCCAAAAACACAGAUGUACAGUUCAGACUGCACCUGGGAGUGCUUAUUCUACAACGGGUGUUCUUCCUCUCAUCUUGGGGAUGGAAACUGUGAUUCUGACUGCAACAUAAGAGAAUGUGGUUAUGAUUUACCCUCCCACAGAAUUUAUUAAGUCUUAUUUUUUUAUUAUUAAAAAUAUUUUAUAAUAAUUUCCUUAAACAUUUAUAUAAAGAAUUGUUCGAUAAAAGUAAGCCAAUAGACCUUAUUAGUAGUAAAAGAAUUAGGAGACUGUGGGUUUUGUGCCAGUGGAUGUAAACUCUAUUUAGGCUAUGAAUUCAUGCUAGGCGGGACUUGUGACACAGCCUGCAACGUUUCUUCUUGCUAUUAUGAUCUAGGUGCUUGCGAUACUUGUGCAGAAAACUGUUCUCAAAAUAUGAUUGGCGAUGGAUUCUGUGAUCCUGAGUGUGACAAUAGUAAUUGCAACUAUGAUUUUGGAGAUUGUGAAGGCGAAAUUUGUGCUAGUGGGUGCUAUUACUAUAUGAUUGGGGAUUCUAUCUGCCAAAAAGAAUGCCAUGUCGAAUCAUGCAACUAUGAUAAUUUUGAUUGCGACUGCUACCCUGGCUGCACUACAGACCUGCUAGGCGACAGUAAAUGCGACUCUGUUUGUAACUCUGAAAGAUGCAAUUACGAUAUAAUUUAUGCAUCAUAAUAAAUUGCUAUACCACAUAAGAAUACAACCCAGAAAGCAUAUGGUCCAGAGCACCUGUCUUAUACAAUCUAAAUUUGAUAAGGCAUCUUGAAACCAUAAACGGAGAUUUGUCAUAUUCAUUUUAUUUUUCAAAAAAACUGACAAGUAAAAAUUAGUGUUGAAAAUCAAAAUGGAUGGCAAAUAACGAUCUAAAAUAUUUCAGAAGCUAUAACUAUGAUUGUGGAGACUGCGCUUCUGGGUGUUAUACAAGUAUGCUUGGGGAUUUGGAAUGCAAUGAAGAAUGCAACAGCAAAAACUGCAACUGAGACUAUGGAGACUGUGGCUGUGCCGAUGGGUGUGCCUUAUCAGAUUAUGGGUCCUGCAAGCCUGAGUGUUUAGUUGGAAAAUGCGCUUAUGAUCAGCUUACUUCCCCCUUUAAGUUGGAACCUGUUCCAAUUUAAAAGGGUUAAAAAAACAACUUUUACUUAAUUUUUCUUUAUAAAAAUAUUUUUAAAAAAAAAUAAUUGAGCACAAUACUUACUCCCCCCAUUUCCCUGAGUGAGCGAAACCAUUAGAAAAAUCUUAUUUUUUGCCUAAAAGCCCACGCUCCGUGAGUGAACAAAAAUUUUUUUAAAUAUCAUGGAAAAAAAUUUUGAUAUAUAGUGAUAAUUAGUAUAGUGAAAUAUCGAGCUAAUUCUGUUUAAUUUUAAACAAAUUGCGUUUUUAAAAACAUAAAUUUUAUAUAUAAAUUAAUAUUUGCUUUCCAAUUUUUAUAGAAGUGAGAUUUUUUUAAAUUUCGAAAAAAAAAAGUUUAUAAAAAAAUUUAUAUAUAAAUUUUUUAAAAAAAAAAUUAACCCCUCUCCGUGAGUGAACAAAAUUUUUUUGUUCACUCACAGAGGCGGGGAGUUAGAAUUUUCAUUUAUUUUUAUGAAUAAAUAAUUAAAAAAAUUAAUCGAUUCAAUGUGAAAACUGUUGAAAUAGCGUUCUACUGGCACUUUUUCAAUAAAUCAGAAAAAAAACUAAUUUUAUAAAAAUUAGGUGUUUUUUUUAAAAAAUAUAAUUGAGCAUAAUACUUUGAAUUUUAAUUUAUUUUUACGAAGAAAUAAAGCAUUUUGUCUAUUAAAUUAAGCCAAAACUAAUUUUAUAAGACUUAAUAUUUUCAUCUAUAAAAUUUUCCUAUUGAAAAUUAAUUUUGCUCUAAUUUAAAAGAGAUAAAUCCAAAAUUUACCGAUGCUUUGUUCCAAUUUAAAGGGAUAGAAUUAGUGAUGACCCCGACAAGCGAUGCCAAGAUUAUGCACUGGUUAUGUUCGAUCUCCGGCAAAACCUGCUCUGGCAAGAUUUUAACUUUCUUCCUGGUUACUUCUGAUGCGAAGAUGAUUCAUGGAAAUGGGAUGAAGCAACUUCGCAAUGAUAUAAGUGUACCGAAGAAAUGGCUUUUGAUUAUUAUAGCUGCAAUAGUCUUUGUGAAGUAAAAUCCUGCAUAUAUUCGUGACUAAACUGCGUAACUGAGCAGACUUAUUAUUGUUAUGAGGCUGGCUGUGAGUGGUGCUAUGGCCCAUACUAUGGGGAAUGCUAUCAAUGCAAAGAAGGCUACUUUCAGUGAUAUGGGUACUGCAGCUUGGUAUGUGAGUAUGGCUAUGAGCCGCGACAAAUUAUGGACAGUAAUGCUGUAUGUCUUCCUUUUAUAGAUACAUCGACUCCUGAAAAUCCAAAAAUCUUUUAUGCAACUUCUAUCAGGUCUGGGGAUACCUCAGGCGGAGAAGGUACAUUGGAGUCACCUUUUGAGACUUUUGCAACAGCUUUGGCCAAGAUCCAGCAUGCUUAUUCUAUUCUUUACCUCAUCAAUGAUGGAACUUAUGAGUGGGCUUCUGUGGACCAUCUUUAUAUUAUCUCAGAUUGGGUUUAUGAUGAAACUAAGCCACUUAAUCAUGGCAAUCAUUAUGACACUGGGACAUUAAAGUAUUUAAAAAUUGCUAGUCUUGAUGGGAGCAUAAUUACAAUUAAAACAGCCCUUGAUAAGUGGAAUAUCCAUAUAGAAGCUUGAAGCGGUAUGCAAAUAGAAAUAGAAAACCUAAUUAUUGAUGGCUAUUACACACAGUCGACUUGCAAAGGAACAGAGUACUGCGAUUAUUGCCCAUAUGUGGAGCAGCAAAUUGAUGCAUCCUAUAAAAAUGACAGAGGAGAAACAAUUUCAAGCAGCGAGUUUCUGCCGUCAAGCUACUGCAAAUGGUCAAGCACUGUAAACCUUUUUGGAGUUUAUAAUGGAGCCUCAUUGAUUUUGACAAAUGUGACCUUCCAGAACUGGAUACUAUGCUAUUCUUGAAAGCUGGGGAGGGUCAAUCACCUUAACCAAUGUAAAUUUUGACAAUAUCUAUAUAUACAGCAGUGAAGCCGCAGCUGUUAUUACAGUCCACGACUGUGGAGACAGCAGCUAUAA